AUGCAGAUUGAGCAUUUCUCUCACCUGCAUCCUUUAACAAGGACCAGACCUGGCUACGACUCUAAUGUUCAGUGUCAUUUAUGUGAUGAUUUCUUUUCAGAUCCCCCUACAGGUGCACUGAGUCAGACUGCAAAGGUGUUCUCCCCGGGAAGUUCAGAUUGUAAAUGCAGUACCUGUGGCAUUCGCGGCUAUGAUGAUAACAUUCCCAUUUUCGUUUGCGUAACUCCUGGAUGUGAUUAUGCGAUCCAUCUUCACUGCACUCCGUCGUUCCCCAUACCAGAAACUGUCAAACACAGGGAUCACCAACAUUACCUGACCUGCACAACUCGAGAAAAAAGGGGUUCCCUGGAGUGGUGCAGCUUCUGUGGGUUGGAGAGAAACCCUGAUAUCCCUGCUUAUUACUGCGACGAGUGUGAUUAUGCUGUUCAUGUCGGUUGUGGCAUCUCUGAGUGUAAGGUAGUCUCCCAUUGCUUUGGUUGCUGGCAGGUACUACUUCCACUAGUUGAGGAGUACAAGAGUAAGACUGAUCUAAAGAGUAUAGGUGCUUCCUUGCACCCUGGGAGAGAAGAAGUACCAUCAAACUUGGAGGCACCACAACUAGAUAUCGAGACAGUUGAAGAUGACAAACACUUGACUCCAGUCCUGGAGCUCCGGCAUGCUGAUCAUCUUCUUCUCCUCUUUGACCCUGUGAGCUUUAGAGACUGUCUCUUCAAGUGCAGUGUUUGCCAUGACAAGAUUGGGGACCCAGUUAGCAAGUCACCAGUUUUUGUAUGCGUGAUUCCAAAGUGUGGUUAUGCACUUCACUUUCACCGUACUCCAUUUGCAUUUCCAGAAACUGUCAAAAUCAGGAAGCAUUACCAUCAGCUCAAAUUGACAGAGUCGGUGGUGGAGGACGAUUCGGGUGAGUAUUACUGUGAGGCCUGCGAGAGAAGAAGGAACCCCAACCAUCCCAUCUACUACUGUGAGGAGUGUGAAUAUAUUGCUCAUGUGAGUUGCAGUGUUGCUGAGAUGUUACCUUCAUUGGUUAUGGAGUACGAGAAUAAAAUAGCAGCACCAACUGCUUCCCUGGACAAUCUGCUUAAAGAAGCAGAAGAAAGGCUCUCGCUGCUUCGAUCCAGGAAAGAAGAAAUACAAUCAAGACUCGAGGUUUUACGGAUAAAAGGAAGGGCGGUUAGGGACAAGAGGGCUCCAUAUGUUGAGCCCACCUUAUCAGAUGCUAAAAUAUUGCAGGACCACAUCCAACUGCUAAUGAGUAGAAAUCUAAUAAAGAGGAGGCUGAAAAGAUUUGAACUUGGGGCGAAAAUAUUGUGGUAUUUUGACCAACCAUUCGAAAAGCUUGAGCUAUUACAUGAAGGCAUGGUGUAG